AUGGAAAUUCAUGCUUUCAGUGACGCAUCCUGCAAGGCAUACAGCGCCUGUAUUUAUCUCAGAUCAAUUGAUAAAAACAAUAAAAUUCAGACAAAACUUCUAUUAGCCAAAAGCAAGGUGGCGCCACUGAAACAAUUAUCCACACCUAGGUUAGAACUCUGCGGUGCGCUAUUGGCGUCACGUUUAGCUAACAAGGUAAAAAAUUCAUUACGACUUAAUGUUCAAGAUAGCAUCUAUUGGUGCGAUUCUAUCAUAGUAUUAGGUUGGAUUAAAACAUCUAAAUCGAAUUUAAAAUUGUUUUUAUUAAAUAGAAUCAAUGAAAUCACAGAACACACAGAUCAAUCUUCUUGGCGAUACAUUCCCACAAAGUUAAAUCCAGCAGAUAUCGGGUCCAGAGGUUUGAACGCAGCUCAGUUGAACAAUGCGGAUCUCUGGUGGUCAGGUCCUUCAUUUUUAUCACACGACGAAUCGUCUUGGCCGCAGCAGCCACAGGUGAUUCAACCAGCUGACUUACCUGAAACAAAAAUUCGAUGUCAUUUAUCAUUAAAUAAUAAUUUCACAAUCAAUUUGAUUAAUCGUUAUUCAAGCUUUACAAAAUUAUUACAUGUAACAGCUUAUGUAUUUAGAUUUAUUUACAAUAUUCGAAACAAAUCAAAUAAAUUAAAUUUAUGUUUAAAGGUUUCGGAACUUACCAUGGCUAAUAAUUAUUUAUGA